GAAAAAAUUGUUUUAUAUAUUCUUAGACAGUAUGUUGAUAUUGAUGAAAAAAAUUAUAUAUUAAGAGAAGGUGUUGCACAGGGUUUAAAUACUUCAUCAAGUUUUUCAGAAAUAUAUUACAGUACAAUGGUAAAAGCGAACUUUUUAAAAUUUAAAAAAGAAGGUAAUUUAUUUAGAUAUGUUGAUGAUUUUUUAUACAUAACACAUAAUAAGGAAUAUGCUCAAGAUUUUUUAAAUAUUAUCAAAACAGGAAUUAACAGUUAUAAGUGUAAAUUUUCAAAAAGUAAAAUAUUUACAAAUUUACAGCCAUAUUGUAAUAAAGAAUUUUCUUAUCUUGGAUAUAAAUUUAAUAUUGAUACAUUACAAAUAAUUUCUGAAUAUUUUGAUAAAUCAAUUCAAUAUAUGGUAACAUCAGAUGUUGUGGAACCAGAUAAAACACUUGCAACGUUUUACAAAAGACUUAAACAUAUACAAAUGCUUAAAAUAAAUCAAUUAAGUUUGAGUUAUAAAAUAAAUAAUUCAAGUACAAUUGAAAAUACUGUUAAAAAAAUAUCAAAAAUUGCUGCUGAUAAAUGUGCUAUUUUAUUGGUAAAUAUGUUUGAAAUUGAGGAUAUUAUUUAUAAUAAAAUUAUUAGUAUUAUGAGAAAAUAUAUUCAUUUUUUGACUAAAAAAAUUAUCAUGAAUUUUUGUCUUGAAAGCGACAAGUGUCAUUUGCAAUUUCAAGAUGUUCAAGAUAUUAUUUGGAAAGCUCAUGCUAAAGCUAUUAAUAGAAAACCUGCUUUGUAUGAAAAAAUUGACUUGUACACGUAA